AUGGCCACAGGCGUAUUGGGCUGCUUCAGGCCGGCAUCGUUUGCCCUCUGCAUUUUUUCAUGUCUCCUCCUGGCCGGCGUUGGUGGGCCUUACUGGGAUGUCCCAGUAGGAAGGUUGGAUUCCAAGAAGGCGAGCCUGGAACUAGCAAACAACGACAUCCCGACUGCUCAGCAAGGCCUCCUUACGCUCAUUGCCAAGUUCUGGGAGAAGGGCCUUGACGCCACUGACAUGGUGGCCCUCGUCGGUAUGCUGCUCCCUCCAAUUCCUCUGCCAAAACCUCUUCAGGAUUCCAACUCUUGA